AUGCCGCCGGAUAUGAUCGAGCUUUCUAAUUCGGCCAGGGAACAUUCGGGCAAGGCGCACCCGCCACAUCCACAGCCACAGCCGUUGUCGCAGCCGCCUACGCCGGGAAAUUCGGCGCAGGGUUUGCAUUCGCAUGGACAUGAUCACGAGCAUGGGCAUGGGCACAGUCAUGGAGUGCUUGGACAUUCGCAUGCGCAUGGGGAGGAGGACGGGCAUGGGUUGGAGCUCAUCGAGACGCUCGAGGCCGGAGGGGACAAAGGACAGCGAAUAACUAUCAUCGGGCUCGUGGCCAAUAUCAUCCUCACUACCGCAAAAGGGCUCGCGGGAUGGUUCAUGAACUCUGCAGCUUUACUCGCUGAGGCGGAGACAGCACAAGCGCUUCCAGCGGGACCCGUCCAAGCCGCGCUCGAAAACGCGACGUCCAUCGUACACAACAUCCCCGCCGUAGUCGGCGGCGGCCACACCCACGCCCCCACCACCACCGCCGCAGGCGUCCUGGACCCUAACGCAGCCUGGUUCGCAGCCGUCAGCGUCGUAGCGAAAGAGUGGCUGUUCAGGAUCACGCGCAAAGUCGCGACGGAGGAGAGCUCGCCGGUGCUGAUGGCCAACGCGUACCACCACCGCUCGGACGCGUACUCGAGCGCCGUCGCGCUCGUCGCUAUUUUGGGCAGCACGUUCUUCCCCGCUUUACCGCUCGAUCCGAUCGGAGGUCUCGUCGUGAGCGCCGUCAUCAUCCGUCAGGGCGCACAGAUCUUCGCUGGCGCAUUCAAGGAGAUCACCGACGCGUCCGCUUCGGCACCUACGCUCCGAACGCUCGAACGCUCGCUUGACUCAUUGACGCACGCGCAGUCCAUACUGGGCGUAGACAGCCUUCGUGCGCGCAGGGCAGGAUCGCAUCUGUUCGUGGACCUGAACGCGAGGGUCAGGCCGGAGGUCAGUGCGGGUACGUUGGCACACUUGGAGGAAAGUAUCGCAGGUGCGAUUAAGGAGGCGAGGAAAGAUGUGAAAGAAGUUGCCGUGCGGUUCGUGCCGGUCGAGCAAAUGCAUCCGCCGCCACCGUCUGCGCCGUGUUCGCCGUCAACAUCGGCGUCUGCGUCUAUGGGCGAGGACGAGAGGCCACUGUCGCCUGUGUCGCUGGAUGAGAAAGCACCGAGAGCGGCGCCUGCGCCACCUUCGAGGACGACUUCCCCGCGGACGUCGAGGGAGGAGGCGUGA